CUGAUAUUUGAAGAGGUGUUUUCAUUUAUCCAAGAAAAAUAUGAUGUAUCUGUUGCAAGCCUCACUCUUGUUUUUAAGUGUAUGUGUUUUUAUUUGUGAAGAAGCGGAACAAGGUAACUGUGAUUCAUCAGUUAACACUGCAGAAGAUAUAUCUAAUGCAAAAGAUGAAAGUAAAAAUAACGAUACUAUUUAUAAGGAAGACUGUGAAGAAUCAUUUGACAUUAAAACUAAAAUUACACGAGAAGAAAAACAUUUCAUGUGUAGAAAUCUGCAAAAUUCUAUUGUUUCCUACACACGAAGUACCAAAAAACUCCUAAGAAAUAUGAUGGAUGAGCAACAAACUUCCUUGGAUUAUUUAUCUAAUCAGGUUAAUGAGCUCAUGAAUCGAGUUCUCCUUUUGACUACAGAAGUUUUUAGAAAACAGCUGGAUCCUUUUCCUCACAGACCAGUUCAGUCACAUGGUUUAGAUUGUACUGAUAUUAAAGAUACUAUCGGCUCUGUCACCAAAACACCAAGUGGUUUAUAUAUAAUCCAUCCAGAAGGGGCUAGUUACCCAUUUGAGGUCAUGUGUGACAUGGAUUACAGAGGAGGUGGGUGGACUGUGAUACAGAGAAGGACUGAUGGAAUAAUUGAUUUCCAAAAAUUGUGGUGUGAUUAUCUGGAUGGAUUCGGGGACCUUUUAGGAGAAUUUUGGCUGGGACUAAGAAAGAUAUUUUAUAUAGUAAAUCAGAAAAAUACAAGCUUUAUGUUGUAUGUGACUUUGAAAUCUGAAGAUGACACAUUUGCUUAUGCAUCAUACGAUAAUUUUUGGCUAGAGGAUGAAACAAGAUUUUUUAAAAUGCACUUAGGACGGUAUUCAGGUAAUGCUGGUGAUGCAUUUCGGGGUCUCAGAAAAGAAGAUAAUCAGAACGCAAUGCCUUUCAGCACAGCAGAUGUUGAUAAUGACGGGUGUCGCCCCGUAUGUGUGCUCAGUGGUCAGUCCGUGAAAAGCUGCAGUCGCCUCAAUAACAACACUGGCUGGUGGUUCAACCAGUGUGGUCUAGCAAAUCUAAACGGCAUUCAUCACUUCCCUGGAAAAUUCCUUGCAACCGGAAUUCAGUGGGGCACAUGGACCAAAAGCAACUCGCCUGUCAAGAUUAAAUCCGUUUCAAUGAAAAUUAGAAGAAUUUACAAUCCAUAUUUUAAGUAA